AAGGAAUGUUUUUCCCUGUACGACAAGAAACAAAAAGGCAAGAUAAAAGCCUCCGACCUGAUGGCCGUGAUGCGGUGCCUGGGAGCCAGCCCGACGCCGGGAGAGGUGCAGCGACACCUGCACCUGCACCGGAUCGACAGAAACGCGGAGUUGGAUUUCUCCACUUUCCUGAAUAUAAUGUACAGGCAAAUGAAGCAGGAGGAGCCCGAGAAUGAAAUCCUCAGGGCCUUGGCCAUGAUAGACCGGCAGAAGAGGGGCGUUAUCACCGUUCCGGAGCUGAGAGCCAAGCUGACAAGACUGGGAGAAAAGCUUUCUGAGGAAGAAGUUGACGACCUGCUCAAAGAAGUCAAAGUUGGACCAAACGGAACAAUAAAAUAUGAGGAAUUUGUCCGCACGAUUUGCUUUCCUACAGUCGACUACUGA